AAACAAUGACGUCUGGUAAAUUUAAUUUUUCGCGAAUUUUGUUGUUUAUUUAACCCGGUUAUACUUGGACUUCCGAUUAAGUGACGCGAUAUGUUCUCACGGUACGGAAUAAGCAGACUUUUUGAACUGACUUCAGGUGUUUGGUAACACCACCGAAGUGGGUAUAAAUAGUGCGGCCAAAACUCCAGAACAGCAUCAGUUGGUCGCAUUCACAAUCCAACCAUCAGUAUGAAGCUCACCUGUGCCCUGCUCCUUUUGGCCACCGUGGCGUUCGUCCUGGUGGACAAGACCAGUGCGGCCACUGGCACAACCACAGCCACGACGGAGACAACCACCACCACCACCACCGAGGACAGCACCACAACCACCAGUACCACCGAAUCCACCACCACCACGACCACGGCUGCAAGCACUGACAAAAAGAUGUAUAUAAUUCACCGCAAUGGCACAAUAACCAGGCCCAAAGUAGAAGGGAAAAUACACGGUACCAAACAAGUACACUGCAAUAGCGGCGAAAAAAAGAAAAGCGGCAAAAGCAACGGUAGCAGCAAAGGCCUACGGUGGCUAAAGUCCUUAAAAGCAAAAGCGACCUGAUCCACA